AUGGCACAGACGACUAACACCCCGCCAGACAUGUCAGACAUGGUACAUCGACUCAAAGCUCGACUGGCAUUAGCAAACUUCAAGCGCGAACACGGGUACGAAAAUGUUGAUUUGAGAACCUUGGAAUCCCCAUUAUACGAGCACAAACUGAGGCCAAGCCAGAGCUCACCUACGACUACGACAAAGACCAUCACAUCGCCCUUGAUCCACGACAAGAAGAGAAGAAGAGUGCUCUCGCAUCACAGAUUCUAUCCCACCUCACCUCCUAUGCAGCACAACGACAUGGAUCGUUUAAUAAAGAAAAACGCGUCCAGAUCUCCCUCUCACAUCCCUUUGUCAGAGACAAGAUCACAGCAUUCACCUCUCAUUACAGAUAAUCGCAAAUUGUCAGCAACGCUCUCCUCGGACGACGAGGAUGCUGCGCAUCUGUUGGUUCUAAUGCAUCAAAGCCCCACCAUGUCGUCUUAG